AUGGGACAUCUCGCCACCCUCGCAACGUGCAAUCUCAACCAAUGGGCUCUCGAUUUCGACGGCAAUCAAAAGCGCAUUAUCGAAAGUAUUCGACGCGCAAAGGCGGCGGGUGCAUCGUUACGUGUUGGGCCUGAACUGGAGAUCACGGGUUAUGGAUGUCAGGAUCAUUUUCUGGAAUCAGAUACGGAGUUGCACUCGUGGGAAUCUCUUGCGGAGAUCAUUGCCCAUGAGGAAUGUCAGGAUAUUUUGCUGGAUAUAGGAAUGCCGAUUCUACUGAUUCGUCCAAAACUCUCCUUGGCUUCAGAUGGGAAUUAUCGUGAGCAGAGAUGGUUUACGCCGUGGAAAGGAGAGAGGAUCGUAGAGCAGUAUUAUUUACCAAGGCUGAUCACGAAAGUGACGGGGCAACAUAAAGUUCCGAUUGGAGAUGCUGUUAUCAGUACUUACGACUCGUGCUUUGGUGCUGAGACUUGCGAGGAAUUAUUCACGCCCAGAGCACCCCAUAUAAAUAUGUCGUUGGAUGGUGUUGAGAUCUUCACCAACAGCAGCGGCAGUCAUCAUGAGCUUCGUAAGCUAAACAAUCGUUUAGAACUUAUUAAGGAAGCUACCUUGAAAGCUGGAGGCAUAUAUCUAUAUGCUAACCAGCAAGGCUGCGAUGGAGAUCGUCUUUACUAUGAUGGAUCAGCUAUGAUUCUCGUCAAUGGCAAGGUUGUCGCUCAAGCAAGUCAAUUCUCGUUAUACGAUGUGGAAGUGGUGACUGCCACUGUUGAUUUAGAAGAGGUGAGGGCUUAUCGAACCACCAGAUCACGUGCAAUGCAAGCGAGGGAAACGGCUCCAUAUGAAAGGAUCGAAGCCGGUUUGAGUCUGUCGAGUGAUGCUGAGGACGUAAAUCCCACGGUGCAACCUACCAAGGAAAUCGCAAUCAGAUAUCACGUUCCUGAGGAGGAGAUUGCACUUGGCCCAGCUUGUUUCUUAUGGGAUUAUCUUCGUCGAUCUCGCCAAGCUGGCUACUUUGUGCCACUUUCUGGUGGAAUCGAUAGCUGUGCGACUUCGGUUAUAGUUCAUUCCAUGUGUCGGAUUGUUUAUGCAGCAGUCGAGAAAGGCGAUAACCCACAGGUUUUGGAAGAUUUACUUAGAAUCGUUGGGGAAGAGGAAGAUGGCACAUGGCGUCCAUCCAACUCACAAGAUAUCGCCAAUCGCAUUUUCCAUACUGCUUAUAUGGGAUCCAAGAAUUCCUCGGCAGAAACGCGAGGUCGAGCUAAAGAUUUGGGUGAACAGAUUGGUAGUUACCAUCUCAACUUCAACAUCGAUAAUGUUGUUUCAGCCGUCACCACACUAUUCACGACGGUAACAAGUUACACGCCCAAGUACAAAAUGUAUGGAGGAACACCAGCAUCAAAUUUGGCGUUACAAAAUAUCCAAGCCAGACUUCGUAUGGUUUUGGCUUAUCUUUUUGCUCAACUCUUGCCAACAGUUCGGGGCCGAACGAAACCUGGAUCUUUAUUGGUCUUAGGCUCGGCAAAUGUUGACGAAUCACUCAGAGGCUACUUCACGAAAUACGAUUGCAGCAGUGCAGAUAUUAAUCCUAUUGGCGCCAUCUCCAAGACUGAUCUGAAGAGAUUUAUCCUUUGGGCCAGUACAGAAUUCGAAAUGCCACUUCUCCAAGAUUUCAUCGAUGCUCCACCAACCGCAGAACUUGAACCUAUCACCGAAGAUUAUGUACAGAGCGAUGAAGUUGAUAUGGGUAUGAGCUACAACGAGCUAUCCAUCUAUGGUCGUCUUCGCAAAGUAGACAAAUUAGGACCGUACGGAAUGUGGACCAAACUUUUGCAUGAAUGGGGUCAUGUUCUCUCACCACGCGAGAUAUAUGAGAAAACUAGAUGGUUCUUUUGGUGCUAUUCUACUAAUCGUCAUAAGAUGACUACGCUCACGCCAAGUUAUCAUGCUGAGCAGUAUUCACCCGACGACAAUCGAUACGAUCUAAGACCAUUCCUAUAUCCUAGCUUCUCGUUUGCUUAUCGAAAAAUCGAGAAGGCAUUAAGUGCUAUGGGAGUAGCUGCGGAUAAGAAACCUGAAGUGGAUGGUGAGAAAAAGAACGAGUAA